UAUAAAAGCUUGAUCCUAUUAAGACUUAUUUCAUAACACCAUCGAGUUUGAAUUUAAUGGAGGCGUGGGUUAACUAACAUCAUGAAGACUGUUGUAAAAUAUUCUGUUAUUUGGAUUUUCUCGCUAUUCUGCUAUAUAGAGGCAACAUUUCGUUGUGACUACACGUACAGCAAGGAAGCGAAGGGCUGGUUCAAACAUGUGGUGAUACCAGCUACUUGGGCUGACGCACGUCUGCACUGCACGUUGGAAGGUGCAACGCUGGCUUCUCCACUCAACCAGGCUAUCAGUAAUGAGAUGCAGUCCAUCCUGGCAAACCUCUCGGCGCUGCAAUCAGAAGUCUUCACUGGAAUUCACACGACUUUUUCACGGCACAACUUAUAUCAUACUAUUGAAGGUAUACCUCUUAGUAAAAUUCCAUUAGAUUGGGCAACAAAUGAGCCAAAUGGUGGGAGAGAUGAAAACUGUAUCACGUUUAACUCCGAUGGCCAAGCGGCAGACAGAUCUUGUAAGGAGACUCGACCUUACAUCUGCUACCGACACACAACUAAAGUGACUGUGUCCAAUGAAUGUGGGACUGUAGAUCCUGAAUACAAUUUGGAUAAAAGAACGGGCUCUUGCUAUAAGUUCCACACGGUACCUCGCACGUUCGAGCGUGCCAACUUCGCGUGUUCUGCUGAAGGUGGCCACCUUGCCAUAAUCAACGGUGAUACCGAAGCUGCAGUACUGAGGGAACUCUUCGAAAAGAAUCCACCUGCAAAAAUGUUCGGUACUUUCCGGAAAGACGUUGCUUUCAUUGGUUUCCAUGACUGGGGUGAAUAUGGAGACUGGAGGACAAUUCACGGUCAAUCGCUAGUAGAAGCAGGAUACAACAAGUUUUCAUCUGGAGAGCCAAAUAAUUCCACGACGACGGGAGAAGCGUGUGGCUCCAUCUAUCGGAAUGGUUUGCUCAACGACCUUGGGUGUGAGAUGCCAGCACCAUUCAUCUGUGAGAAGGACCCGAAAUAUCCAGUCGUAUGUUGUGUUACAGAAUCAGAACCAGAAUUGGACCCUACUCACUUCUUAGAGUAAUUCAAAUUGGUCCUUUUUUAUAAUACGGUAGUUUCCUACUAGACAAAUUCAAUACUUUUAUCAAAUGUUACUUUUCUAUGAAUUUUGUAGGAGAUCGCAACUUAUGACGUCUUAUUUAUUUGCGUCAAAUAGCAUACCUACUUCUCUAAAAUUUGCAAGAAAAAUUAAAUAAAUAAGUAUAUCGUCAAAUUAAUUGAUGAAAUUACGAUUAUUUUGGGAUAUUUUAUUAUAUUGAAAUGUCAAAAUAAUUUAUUUUUGACAUAGGAAACUACCCAAUUAUACCUAUAUCUUUAGAAAUAUGAUGUUUAUUCAAUUCUGCUUUUGAAGAUUGAAUAUAAUAAAUGAAAUUUAACUAUUAUGUAAAACCGACCGAAGAGAGAAAUAUUUACCAAAA